AUGGGUGAUGCUUCAGCAUUGGGCAGCGAUGCGCUGAACGCAUUGGUUGGUGUGUGGAGGGAUGAGCGGGGCUCGCGCUACGAGCUUGAGGUGCAAACGCCAGGCAGAAGUUUGAAUGUCACGACAUAUAGGCCUGAUGGUGUUGUUAGAAGCACACCCGGUCUCAUCCGUGUGGAAGUGGGACGUGACAAUUCCGAGAGUGUGGUCUGGGGGCAAGGCUUCAAGCUGCAGCUGGAAUCUAACACCUCCCAGUCGGCGCCUGACUCGGUUGUCUGGGUGGCAAAGGAUGGCCGGAGGCGGCCUUUUUCCUGGGCCAGGAUCUCACCACAUCGAACAACAGUGCGCCUCACCCCAAAGGCUUCUCUUAGUGAUCCUGGAACUUCCACUUCUGGAACAAGGACGGAGCCUUCCCCCGCGCUGCGGACUAAAGCCAAGGCUCAGCCACCCAAAGCAGUGGAGGAGUCGAAGGCGGAGGCCAAACCAUCACAGGACGAGAAGGCAGCGCAGUCAACAGAGAAGUCGACAUCGUCGCAGGCCGAGGAAGCUGCUUGCAAGGAGCCAUCUUUGAAGAAGGCGAAGACCGCGGAAUCGACAUCGCUUGCAUGCAAGACAGAGGAUGCCGCAGACAGUGGCGCGACGGGAAGUCAGGACAAGGCCAGGCAAAGCAACGAGAGUCCAGUCCAGCCAGAAGAAGGAGCUUCGUCGCAACCACUGGAGAAGGACAAGGCGAGGACGGACGAAGACAAGGAGGCUCUGGAAAAGGCAGAGAAGGCGAAACGUCGGGAAGAGAAGUCGGCCGCAGAAAAGUUUGCCACGCACAAGGCCGCCGCAUGGCGGGGAGUGCACUUGAAGUUCGAGAAAGCUCGGGCAUCGCUGGAGAAGAUCGACUUCGAAAUUCGAGCUGCUGAGCGAAGCGUGGCGGAGAGGGGCGAAGACGAGGAAUCUUCGAAGAAGAAAGUCAAGAAUCUGAAGGAGGGCAAAGACAUGAGCGAGGCAGAAUCUCAGCUUGAGGCUUUGGAGAAGAAGGCUUCCGACGCACGCAUCGCCGAGCUUGAUGCCAACGAGCGCUUGUCGGUGGAGGAAAAAGCCACCGAUAUCCUCACGAGUGAGAAAGAGUCCGCUGAGAAGACAGUGGCUUCGAUGACGCGAGCAGAGAAGCAGGCGCUGGAGAAGGCGAAAUCAGCCAAGACAAAGCUGGAAAUGUAUGCCAUGGAGCAAGAGGGUUUGCGGAAGCUGGUCGAAGAGAAAGAGAAAGCAGAAAGUGCAGCAUACAAGGAAUGUGCCAUGGAGAUGGCUAAGGCGUUGGAAUAUGGUAAGGAGAGAGAGAAGGCACAGCAGACCCUGGAGGCAAAGACCACGGAAGAGAAGGCAAUCGAGGCUGAGAUCGCAACGCUUCAACAAAAGUUGGAGGACAUCCGCAAGGAGAAGGAGACGGCACAAAUCCUGGCCACGCUGAAGGAUGCAGCCGAGAAGACCUCCUUCCAGCGAGCUCGCGGGCUCGAGAAGAAGGCCACCAAAAUCGCCACUGAAAAGAGAAGCUCGACCGAAACCUUGGAGAAGCUGGACCAGAACUACGAGGUCUCUAGCAGGGAGGCGGCGGAGCAAGAGGCAGCUGCGCUGAAGGCUUCCAAGAGCCGCGUAGCAGCUGAGCGGAGGAUGCAGGAGAAAGAAGGCGAUGCUCCCAGGAUUGUCGAGGCCAAGGACGCCGUGAAGAAAUCGCGUUCUGCCCGGAGUGCGGCCGAGCGGCGCGUGGAGGAGGCAAAGAAACGGAUCCAGGCUCUCCAGGAGAGCGUCCGCAACGCCUCCGCCGAGGCCCGCAACCGCGCUGUGCGACGAGCAGAGGCAGAGGAGUCACCAGGCUCAAUAACAAUAGCAUUGCAGGCAAUUCGCAUGUACGGGUCCAGCAAAAACGGGAGGGCUACUGCUGCUGCUACUAAGACAAAGUACUAA